AUGACACAAUCACACGUGGAGAUGGCACUGUAUUCCGCUUCUUACCUGAUGGUUCAUGCACAGCCUGCAGAGAAAGAGAGGGAUGUGAUAGAAGGUGUCUGGAAGUUUUUCUUCGAGCGAGGUCAAGCAUUUGCAGUGUGGGGUAAGCUCUUUGCGUCAGAUCAGCCUUGGAAAAAACAAGGACCGUCUCUAUAUAGAGACAUGGCGAGUCCGUUGUACUACGCAUCUCUGGCAGGUCUUCUACGUACAAUUCGACUUUUGAUAGAAGAGGGUGGCGCAGAGGUCAACGCGGAGAGCGGUAAAUACGGCAAUGCACUCCAGGCGGCUUCAUAUAAAGGCCACAAAGAGAUGGUGGAGUUGCUGCUUCAGAACGGCGCCGAGGUUAACGCAAAAGGUGGUGGAUUCGGCAAUGCACUCCAGGCGGCUUCAUAUAAAGGCCAAACAGAGGUGGUGGAGUUGCUGCUUCAGAAAGGCGCCGAGGUCAAUGCGGAGGGCAGUUUCUACGGCAAUGCACUCCAGGCGGCUUCAUCUGGAGGCCAUAAGGAGGUGGUGGAGUUACUGCUUCAGAACGGCGCCAAGGUCAAUGCGGAGGGCGGUCUCUUCGGCAAUACACUCCAGGCGGCUUCAUCUGAAGGCCACAAAGAAGUGAACGGCGCCGAGGUCAACGCAAAAGGUGGUGAAUUCGGCAAUGCACUCCAGGCGGCUUCAUAUAAAGGCCACACAGAGGUGGUGGAGUUGCUGCUUCAGAAAGGCGCCGAGGUCAAUGCGGAGGGCGGUUUCUACGGCAAUGCACUCCAGGCGGCUUCAUAUAUAGGCCACACAGAGGUGGUGGAGUUGCUGCUUCAGAAAGGCACCGAGGUCAAUGCGGAGGGCGGUUUCUACGGCAAUGCACUCCAGGCGGCUUCAUCUGGAGGCUAUAAAGAGGUGGUGGAGUUACUGCUUCAGAGCGGCGCCGAGGUCAAUACGGAGGGUGGUUUUUACGGUAAUGCACUCCAGGCGGCUUCAUCUGAAGGCCAUACAGAGGUGGUGGAGUUGCUGCUUCGAAACGGUGUUAAGGUUAAUGCGGAGGGCGGUUUCUUCGGCAAUGCACUCCAGGCGGCUUCAGUUAAAGGCCAUAAAGAGGUGGUGGAGUUGCUGCUCCAGAACGGCGCCGAGGUUAUUGCGGAGGGCGGUCGAUACGGCAAUGCACUCCAGGCGGCUUCAUUUAGAGGCCGCAAAGAAGUGGUGGAGUUACUGCUUCAGAACGGCGCCGAGGUCAACGUAAAAGGUGGUGAAUUCGGCAAUGCACUCCAGGCGGCUUCAUAUAAAGGCCACACAGAGGUGGUGGAGUUGCUGCUUCAGAACGGCGCCGAGGUCAACGCAAAAGGUGGUGGAUUCGGCAAUGCACUCCAGGCGGCUUCAAAUAAAGGCCAAACAGAGGUGGUGGAGUUACUGCUCCAGAACGGCGCCGAGGUUAUUGCGGAGGGCGGUCGAUACGGCAAUGCACUCCAGGCGGCUUCAUUUAGAGGCCGCAAAGAAGUGGUGGAGUUACUGCUUCAGAACGGCGCCGAGGUUAACGCAAAAGGUGGUGAAUACGGCAAUGCACUCCAGGCGGCUUCAGAUAGAGGCCACAAAGAAGUGGUGGAGUUACUGCUUCAGAACGGCGCCGAGGUUAACGCAAAAGGUGGUGAAUACGGCAAUGCACUCCAGGCGGCUUCAGAUAGAGGCCACAAAGAGAUCGUGGAGUUACUGCUUCGGAACGGCUCCGAGGACCAGGGGUAG